AAAAGUCUUGCCCUACUCCGCCACCACACCUUACUCUUCUUCUUCUUCUUCUCCGCCGAACUCCGUCUCUUUCUCUCCCUCUCUCCUCUUUCUCUCUCUAGCUGGAAGACUGCAAACCGUCAUGGGUGACGUCUCCAAUUCGGAAUCAAACCUUGCAGAUCGAAAGGUCCCGAAGCUUCCCAUCCCGGGACAAAGAAACAUCCUCAUCACCAGCGCCUUGCCCUACGUCAACAACGUUCCUCACCUCGGCAACAUCAUCGGAUGUGUGUUGAGCGCCGAUGUGUUUGCAAGAUACUGUCGUUUACGGGGUUACAAUGCGAUUUACAUCUGUGGAACCGAUGAGUACGGCACGGCCACCGAGACCAAAGCCAUGGAAGAGAAAUGUAGUACCAAAGAGAUUUGCGAUAAGUACCACGCAAUUCAUAGAGAUGUUUAUAAGUGGUUUAAUAUAAGCUUUGAUGAGUUUGGGCGUACAUCAGCCCCGCAACAGACCGAGGUUUGCCAAGCAAUCUUCAAGAAGCUGCUGGAUAACAAUUGGCUCUCAGAGAACACAAUGCAGCAGCUUUAUUGCGACACAUGCAAAAGGUUCUUGGCUGAUCGCCUUGUGGAGGGUUCCUGCCCGACUCCGGGGUGCGGUUAUGAUUCUGCUAGAGGAGAUCAAUGUGAAAAUUGUGGGAAGCUUUUGAAUCCAACAGAAUUGACGGAUCCUAGGUGCAAGGUUUGUGGGACAACUCCACAUAUUCGUGAUACAAACCACUUGUUUCUUGAGCUCCCUUUGUUGAAAGACAAAUUGGUUGAAUAUAUCAACAAAACGUCAGUGGCUGGGUCUUGGAGCCAGAAUGCCAUUCAAGCUACAAAUGCUUGGCUUAAAGAAGGGCUUAAACAACGAUGCAUUACUAGGGAUUUGAAGUGGGGAGUUCCCGUUCCGCAUGAUAAGUUUAGAGACAAGGUAUUCUAUGUUUGGUUUGAUGCGCCUAUUGGGUAUGUGUCAAUCACUUCAUGCUAUACACCCGAGUGGGAAAAGUGGUGGAAGAAUCCUGAAGAGGUUGAAUUGUUUCAGUUCAUGGGCAAGGAUAAUGUGCCGUUCCAUACAGUGAUGUUUCCAUCAACUCUUCUUGGAACUGGUGAAAAUUGGACAUUGAUGAAGACAAUCAGUGUUACCGAAUACUUGAAUUAUGAAGCAGGAAAGUUUUCUAAGAGUAAAGGCAUAGGCGUUUUUGGUAACGAUGCAAAAGAUACAAACAUUCCUGUGGAAGUUUGGAGAUAUUACUUGCUUACCAAUAGGCCUGAGGUUUCAGACACAUUAUUUACAUGGGCAGAUCUGCAAGCAAAACUGAACAGCGAGUUGCUCAAUAACUUGGGAAACUUCAUAAAUCGAGUUUUGAGUUUUAUUGCUAAACCUUCAGGUCAAGGAUAUGACUCCACGAUACCUGAUGCUCCAAAUGAUGUAUCUGACCCGGUGACUGAGAAAUUAGCCGAGAGGGUUGGUAAAUAUGUGGAGCAAUAUGUUGAAGCCAUGGAGAAGGUUAAACUAAAGCAAGGAUUGAAAACUGCAAUGAGUAUUUCUAGCGAGGGAAAUGCGUAUCUGCAAGAAAGCCAAUUUUGGAAGCUAUUCAAGGAGGAUAAACCACGCUGUUCGAUUGUUAUGAAAACUUCGGUGGGGCUAGUACAUAUUCUUGCAUGUCUCUUAGAACCUUUUAUUCCAUCCUUUUCUCUUGAGGUAUUCAAGCAGCUUAAUUUGUCUCCUGAACAACUUUCACUUGCUGACGGAAAAGGAGAUAUUGAUAGGGCUAAGCGACCGUGGCUGAUCGUACCUUCUGGUCACAAAAUUGGGAAACCAGAACCCUUGUUUAAGGAAUUGAAAGAUGAAGAAGUAGAAUCUUUCAGGAAGAGAUUUGCUGGAAGUCAAGCUGAUAGAAUUGAGAGAGCUGAGGCUGAAGCAGAGAAGGUGGCCGAGCAACUGAAGAACAUAAAAGUUUCAGACAACAGUGGAAAGAAACAAAAGUCAACAAAAUCUGAAAAAUCAAUUAAAUCUGAAAAGUCAGCAAAAUCUGCAACUGAACCAGAAAUUUCAAUCUCAAGACUGGAUAUCCGUGUCGGCCUGAUCACAAGAGCUCAAAAGCAUCCAGAUGCUGAUUCAUUGUACGUAGAAGAGAUUGAUGUAGGUGAAGGACAACCCAGAACUGUCGUUAGUGGACUUGUCAAGUACAUACCUCUAGAAGAAAUGCAGAAUCGGAAGGUCUGUGUUCUAUGCAACCUGAAGCCUGCGACCAUGCGGGGUAUUAAAUCACAAGCAAUGGUUCUUGCUGCUUCCAACAGUGACCACACCAAGGUGGAAUUGGUUGAGCCACCAAAAUCUGCAUAUGUUGGAGAGAGAGUUUCGUUUCCGGGCUUUGCAGGGCAGCCUGAUGAUGUUUUGAACCCUAAGAAGAAAGUGUGGGAAACAUUGCAAGUAGACUUGCAUACUAACUCACAUCUGGUUGCUUGCUACAAGGAUAUUCCAUUCACGACAUUAGCCGGUGUCUGCACCGUGUCUACCAUUCCCGAGGGAUCAAUUAGGUAAACUGUAGGUAGAAAUUGGUCUCAACGGCUCCUUAUAUCUGUCACACUCCUAGUGAGAAUGCUGAACGCAAGAGAAGGAAAGAAAAAAAGUUGAUACGAGUUAUUGAGAGGAGAAAGAAAACCCAAGAUGCUUAAUUAAAAAAAAAUACACAAUAAACAAUCUGCUUAUGUACCGGAGGUUUUGAGUUCCCCACCCGCCCCACCAGCUCUAAAUUGGAUAGAGAUGAGGGUGUUUGUCUGUUUGUGUAUUUUGUUGUUGUUGGUGGGCUUUUAUUUUUUUUAUUUUUUCCCCUUCAAUCAUAACUCUGCAUAUUUGAAUGCCAAAUUUGCUAGUGUUUAGCACA